CAAUGGGUGGGAACUUUUGCUUCAGGUUAUAGGCUUAGCAUAACACAAUUUUCAGUAUCUCACAUCAGCUGAGGUUUUGGUAACGCACAAAUUUGCACUGAUUAUUUACUUGGUCGAAAGCUAGGUAGUUAAUUUACCGAGAGGUGCAUCUCUUAGCUGCCACUUUCCUUCAUCCUCCCAGCUCCUCCCUUCACCGCCCCACCAGGGACAGUCACUCCAGUCAACACGGCAGAUCCCACUGGCCACUGUGAUUUCUCUUGCUCCUUUGAUGAGGACUUCUGCUCCUGGAGGCAGAUGGCCUCUGACAAGUUUGACUGGACACGACAGAAAGGCCAGACCCCCUCACCGAACACAGGACCGUCGUACGACCACACCUCAGGAGAGGGCUAUUACAUCUACCUAGACGGCAAUGCUGCCAAUAGAGGGGAUGCAACACACCUGGCCAGCCCCAUCUGCACCUCCCCCACACCCCACUGUUUCCGCUUCUGGUAUCACAUGUACGGCGUGGCCCAAACAAUGGCGCUGCGUGUAUAUGCGGUCUUUGAUCGUGCAUCCCCUGAGCUGAUCUGGACUCAGUCCGGGAACAAGGGAAACAAGUGGCUCAGAGCUGAAGUCAGCGUGCCUCACAGAGAAGACGUGCAGAUAAUCCUUGAAGGCGUGCGGGGGGAAGACUUCCGCAGCGACGUGGCUGUGGAUGACAUCACCAUAGAAGAGGGAUAUUGCCCAGGGUAUACUCCUCCACCACCCACAACUGUGAGCUCUGCUGCCACCACUAGCACAAGCAGCCCAACCCCUCCCAGCAAAGAAGAAACAACAGCAUCAUCCACACUGCUGAGCUCCAUCCCCACCACCAUCCCCACCAGCAGCCCAGCCCCUCCCACCACAGAAGAAACAACAGCAUCAUCCACACUGCUGAGCUCCAUCCCCACCACCAUCCGCACCAGCAGCCCAGCCCCUCCCACCACAGAAGAAACAACAGCAUCACCCACACUGCUGAGCUCCAUCCCCACCACCAUCCCCACCAGCAGCCCAGCCCCUCCCACCACAGAAGAAACAACAGCAUCAUCCACACUGCUGAGCUCCAUCCCCACCACCAUCCCCACCAGCAGCCCAGCCCCUCCCACCACAGAUUCCUCUGGUCACUGCGAUUUCUCUUGCUCCUUUGACGUGGACUUCUGCUCCUGGACACAAUCGAUCUUCGACAGAUUUGACUGGAUACGACACAAAGGCCCGACAUCCACGUCGGAAACGGGACCAUCCUCUGACCACACCUCAGGAGAGGGCUACUACAUCUACGUGGAAGGUGACAGCAGCACCCCAGGGGAGGUGGCACACCUGGUCAGCCCCUCGUGCAACGCCACUGGGCCCCAAUGCUUCCACUUCUGGUAUCACAUGUACGGUGUAGCCAAGAGAAUGGCACUGCGUGUUUACGUGGUCUCAAAGGGUACACCACCUGCAGUGGUCUGGACUCAGACGGGAAAUAAGGGCAACCAGUGGCACCGAGCUGAUGUGAACAUGGAUUAUAAAGGAAAACUGCAGAUAAUCUUCGAAGGCGUGAGGGGGGAAGACUUCCGCAAUGACCUGGCUGUGGAUGACGUCUCCAUAGAACAGGGACGCUGUCCAGAAGAAACAUCAUUAUCACCCACAGCAGUGAGCUCCAUCACUACCACCAUCCACACCAGUAGAAACAACCCAAGCUCUCCCUCCACAGCUCUUCCGUUCACCACCCCACCAGGGACAAUCACUCCAGUCAACACGGCAGAUCCCACUGGGCACUGCGAUUUCUCUUGCUCCUUUGAUGUGGACUUCUGCUCCUGGAAACAGCUGGCCUCUGACAAGUUUCACUGGAGACGACACAAAGGCUCAACGCCUUCGCCAAACACAGGACCAUCCUAUGACCACACCUCAGGAGAGGGCUAUUACAUCUACCUGGAAGGCAAUGAUGCCAACAGAGGGGAGGUAGCACACCUGGUCAGCCCCUCAUGCAGCUCACCCAGGCCCCACUGCUUCCGCUUCUGGUAUCACAUGUACGGCGUGGCCCAAACAAUGGCGCUGCGUGUGUAUGCGGUCUUUGAUCGUGCAUCCCCUGAGCUGAUCUGGACUCAGUCCGGGAACAAGGGAAACAAGUGGCUCAGAGCUGAAGUCAGCGUGCCUCACAGAGAAGACGUGCAGAUAAUCCUUGAAGGAGUGUGUGGGGAAGACUUCCGCAGCGACGUGGCUGUGGAUGACAUCACCAUAGAAGAGGGAUAUUGCCCAGGAGACACACCAGCAGUACCCACAACAAGCAGCUCCCCCACCACCGCUGCCCCCAUGACCACCGCUGUCAUCACAGCAAGCAGCCCAGCCCCUCCCACCACAGAUUCUUGUCUGGUGUCAGGAGACCCUCAUUACUACACUUUCGACAGGCAAACCCAUCACUUCAUGGGCAACUGCACCUACACCCUCUCCCAGCUCUGUGACCCAAAGAGUUCCCUGCCCUAUUUCAACGUGGAAGCAGCGAACGAACACAGAUGGGGCAACACGCAGGUGUCCUACGUUCAGAGCGUGGACGUUGAUGUCCUUGGCAUCCGGGUGACGCUGGAGAAAGGAGGAGGAGCAAAGGUCAAUGGGAAGCAAGCCAUCGUCCCCUCCACACCGACGGCUGGAGUGCAGAUUUUGCCCAGUGGCUUCUACACGGUGGUCUCCACGGACUUUGGGGUGAGAGUCAAGUUUGACGGAGACCAUCAAGUGGAAGUCUCGCUCCCAAGUCCUUACAGGGGCCGGGUUUGCGGCAUGUGCGGAAACUACAACGGGGACCCCACUGACGAUUUCCUGAACCCGCGUGGGGAACCUGAGACAGACUCCACAAGUCUGGGGAACAGCUGGCAGGUCUCCAACCACACCAGGUGUUCCUCAGGGCCCGAUCCUGUCUGCACGGAGGCUGAGAAGGAAGCUGCCCAGAGCAGCAGCUUCUGUGGACUCAUCACGGAUGUGACUGGGCCGUUUAGACAUUGCCACAGCGCCUUAGACCCAACAGGGCCCUUCACCGGCUGCCUUUAUGAUCAAUGCGCCCUGCACCUGGAUCCGGGAUCCCUUUGCAAGAGCCUGCAAUCCUAUGCAGAUGCCUGUCGGUCCCUGGGGGUUGCUGUGCAGCCCUGGAGGAAUGCCACCUUCUGCCCCAUUUCCUGCCCGCCCAACAGCCACUACGAGCCUUGCGUCAGUGCCUGCCCAGCUUCCUGCGCGGACCCAGUGGCUCCUGCCACCUGUAGCCUGCCGUGUACCGAGGCCUGUGCCUGUGACAGUGGCUUCCUCCUCUACAACGGCGCCUGCGUGCCCAGCCAGCAGUGCGGAUGCUGGCACCAGGGCAAGCACUACCCCGUGGGCUCCGAGUUCUGGACCGAUGACACCUGCUCCUCCAAAUGCACGUGCCCCAGCCGAGGCAGCCAACUGAUCUGCUCCGGCGCUUCCUGCCCAGAGGAUCACUACUGCGGGGUCCAGCAGGGUGUCCCCGGCUGCUACGCUUAUACGUACGGGGUCUGCCGCGUCCACAACGACCCCCAUUACAACACCUUUGACAAACAGACACACCACUUCAUGGGGAACUGCACCUACACCCUGGCCAAGGUGUGUGCCAAUGCCACAGGACUGCCGUCCUUCCGCAUCGAGGCCAAGAAUGAGCACCGUUGGGGGAACCCCUCCGUGUCUUACGUCCAGAGGGUCCUGGUGCAGGUUUUCGGGCAGAAGAUUGAAAUCCUCAAAAACCACCCGAGCCAAGUCCUGGUCAAUAAAAUUUGGACGACUCUUCCGGUGCAGAGGCUUAACGGCUCCGUGAGCGUGGGGAGGAACGGACGGUACGUGACCCUGGAGACGAAUUUCCGGCUGAGUGUCUCCUACGACACCGACCACUCAGUGGAAAUCAGGGUGCCCAGUGCCUACUUCAACAGGACCUGCGGCAUGUGUGGGAACUUCAACAACCGCUGGCAGGAUGACUACAUGAUGCCCAAUGGACAUCAGGCCAAGGAUUCCAAUGAGCUAGGAACAAGCUGGCAAGUGCAAGGUGCAGAGUAUGACCUCCCUGGUUGUGGUGUAGUACUACCACCCCAGCCCUGCACCCCAGAGCAGAUGGAUCUCUACGGGACAGAUGCCUUCUGUGGGCUAUUAACCAGCAGCCAGGGGCCCUUUGCAGUCUGCCUGUCGGUUAUCAACCCUCUGAGCUUCUUCGAGAGCUGCGUCUUUGACCUGUGUGCCCUGAAUGGAAACCAGGAGCUCUUGUGCAAUGCUCUGGAGACCUACGCUGAUGCCUGCCAAAGAGCUGGUGUGGACCUGCCUGGCUGGAGGAAUGCCACUUUCUGCCCGCUCCCUUGCCCUCCCAAUAGCCACUACAAGCUAUGCACCAGCCCCUGCCCAGCCACUUGUUCCAAGCCGCUGGCCCCAGAGCACUGCAGCGAGCAUUGCGUGGAGGGCUGCGAGUGCAAGGAAGGGUUUGUCCUGAGCGGCGGACAGUGCGUGUCGGCGGAGGACUGCGGCUGCCUUGCGGGAGAUGACUACUAUGAGAAAGGGGAAAACUUCUGGCAGUCGGACUGCCUCGGCCGAUGUCACUGCGCGGGAAAUGGCAGCUUAGUUUGCAACGCGGAGACGUGCCAAAGGGGCCAGAUCUGCAAGGUGCAGAAUGGGAUCCUCGGCUGCCACGUUCCAGACACAGCCACCUGCCACAUUUAUGGGGACCCACACUACACCACCUUUGAUGGGAGGCUGUACCAUUUCCAGGGGGCGUGCAACUACACAGCAGUGGAGACCUGCACAAACGCCUCCGAGCAGUUCUCUGUGACGACGAGGAACGAACAUCGCGGGAGCGAGGCCUGGACAGCUCUCAACUCAGUGGCUGUGUCCUUCCAAAACCUGCACGUGGCCUUGAGGAAAAACAAAGAGGUCUAUGUGAACGGAGCCAGAGUUGAUCUUCCCAUGGAUCUGCGCUUGGGGAUCAGAGUGGAAGAGAGACCUCCCUAUGUGGUCGUUGCCAGCCCUUUUGGCUUUCUGGCCAAGUUCGACGGUGACCAGGAACUGUUUGUCCAGGUGGACGAGAGAUACAAAGGGCAUCUCUGUGGGCUGUGUGGCACCUACUCUGGCAGCCAGCUGGAUGACUUCCAACGGCCAGACAAAAUCCUGGAACAUGACCCCAAUGAAUUUGGCAACAGCUGGGCCGUCACGGAUGACCUCUGGACGUGUGAACCCUCAACCGUUCCGCCGCCCUGUGACCCUGCGCUGGAGGCUGGUUUCGAAGACCUCUGCAAAGUGGUUCUGGCCACCGGGGGCCCAUGUGAAGCUUGCCACAGGAGCAUCCCACCUCAGCUCUACUUCGAAAGCUGCGUGUACGACCAGUGCGCCACCGGCGGAGACACAGGGCAGUUCUGCAAAAGUCUGGAAGCGUAUGCCGCGGCAUGCACAAUGGCUGGCGUAGACCUUGGGGACUGGACGAAGGAUACUGCCUGUGACCCAACCAAGCCCACACUCCCUCCUUCUCCAGUUCCUCCAGCUUCAACCAGUUCAUUGCCUUCAGACUCAGAGGCAACCUCUAGACCACUGACAACACCGGGAACCCAGCCUCUGCCCACAGGUCAGGUCACCAGUGAAGAACCCCCUCCUGAGACAAAGUCAACUCCUCUCCCGGAAACAACUGCUGCCACCGCAGAAACGACUGCCGGCCCAGCCGAGCCCACGCUCCCUCCUUCUCCAGUUCCUCCAGCUUCAACCACUUCAUUGCCUACAAAGUCAGAGGCAACGUCCAGGCCCGAGACAACACCUGGAAACCACCCUCUGCCCUCAGAUGCCUACACCGCAUCAUCUCCCCCUACAGCAACCCCAGAACCAACUCCUCCCUUCACCGCCCCACCAGGGACAGUCACUCCAGUCAACACGGCAGAUCCCACUGGCCACUGUGAUUUCUCUUGCUCCUUUGAUGAGGACUUCUGCUCCUGGAGGCAGAUGGCCUCUGACAAGUUUGACUGGACACGACAGAAAGGCCAGACCCCCUCACCGAACACAGGACCGUCGUACGACCACACCUCAGGAGAGGGCUAUUACAUCUACCUAGACGGCAAUGCUGCCAAUAGAGGGGAUGCAACACACCUGGCCAGCCCCAUCUGCACCUCCCCCACACCCCACUGUUUCCGCUUCUGGUAUCACAUGUACGGCGUGGCCCAAACAAUGGCGCUGCGUGUAUAUGCGGUCUUUGAUCGUGCAUCCCCUGAGCUGAUCUGGACUCAGUCCGGGAACAAGGGAAACAAGUGGCUCAGAGCUGAAGUCAGCGUGCCUCACAGAGAAGACGUGCAGAUAAUCCUUGAAGGCGUGCGGGGGGAAGACUUCCGCAGCGACGUGGCUGUGGAUGACAUCACCAUAGAAGAGGGAUAUUGCCCAGGGUAUACUCCUCCACCACCCACAACUGUGAGCUCUGCUGCCACCACUAGCACAAGCAGCCCAACCCCUCCCAGCAAAGAAGAAACAACAGCAUCAUCCACACUGCUGAGCUCCAUCCCCACCACCAUCCCCACCAGCAGCCCAGCCCCUCCCACCACAGAAGAAACAACAGCAUCAUCCACACUGCUGAGCUCCAUCCCCACCACCAUCCGCACCAGCAGCCCAGCCCCUCCCACCACAG